AUGUCUAGAUCCAUCUUUUUGGCUGCUUGCAUCAUCCUUAUUCUAGGGAUGAUGGUGAGCAAUGUUCAAGGAGCAGCUCGUUGUCAGCAGUUUUUAGAUGAAGUAAAAUGUGGAAUUGGCAAUUGUUCGGCUAUGUGCCUACAAAAAUGGAAGGGAAGUGGCGUUUGCGUCAAAGGAAACGACCACACUUUGAGAUGCCUUUGCUAUUAUCCAUGCCCUGCUUGA